AUGAAAUUCCCAAAGAAAGAAACGUUGAAUAUUCUGCAAUUGGGUCUUGGAAUGAUGCUCGUUUUCUUUGCUUUCAUUUCCCAAGCAUUCAUCGUGGAAACUGUUUUGGAAAAUCGACAUGACAGCGAUCCAUCAAUCAGUAAACACGCUGGAUAUUACAGUCAAACGAUCGUCUAUGGGAUGUUUCUUUUUGGCAAUCUCUUGGCUCCGCCAGUUAUCUCAUUUAUUGGCUUAAGAUUAGCUUUCAUUUUUGGAAGCCUUCCAUAUGUCCUCUACAUGGUCGGUUUUCUAUUCCUCAAUUCGUAUUACCUCUACGCCUCGGCUGCUUUCGAAGGACUCAUGGCUGGGUUACUUUGGACUUCUGUAGGCCAAUAUUUGGCAUCAAAUAGUAAUGAGCGGACGAUUUCCAGAAAUAGCAACAUGAUGUGGAUGCUGUAUAUGAGCAGUAUGAUUUUCGGUGGUGGCUUUCUAAUUGCUGUAUUUGGCUCAAAACCCGACAAGAAUAUCAGUAUGGGAACAACGAGAGUAUUGUAUGGGACUUUUGCAUCAGUUUGUUUUGUUGGAGUGAUCACAUUGGGUCUCUUACGACAAAAGACGCCAGGGAAAAAUGCUGCGAAAGCAAAUCAUCUACAAGAAAUGUCAAAGGUGAUCAAAAUGCUCCAAACUCAAGACCAUUGGUGGAUCGCUAUUCCAUCGGCUUUCACCGGAAUCGAGAACUCGUUCACUAGUGGAGUCUACCCAACAGCACUGUCGUUUACCAAAAAUUUUUCAAUAAAUACGAAUCAAUUGAUGGGAUUGAAUGUGAUGGCCACUGGAACAGGGCAAUUGUGCGCAGCUCUCCUCUUUGCCUCGAUCGGCAAAUGGUCGGAUCGAGCGGGUCGAUGGUAUUCGAUGUGGGUGGGAACAGUUCCAUUGCCUCAUAUGAAAAGACAUAUGACAAGCCAUUACUGUCAAAUCCAAGCGUUGUUAUUGGUU